CAUUGCAAUUUAUCAAUAAUGACUCUUUGGAGUUACAUGAGAAUGUUUAGUUUGUUUGUAUUGUUGUGGGUGGUAAAUUUGGGAGGCAGAGAUGCGGUUUUGGCAUACUCAUCACAAAAUGCAACUGCACUAGCGCUCACUUUAUGUCUGAGUGGAAACGGCAUCGAAAACGUGACGUUCAAAAGCUCUUCUUCAUCAGCCAACUACUACUCGCUCCUCGAAUUCUCUCUCCAGAAUCUGCGCUAUGCGGAAGAAAGCGUUUCCAUACCAUACGCUUUAAUUGUCCCGGAGAGCAGAGACCAACUUCACAAGUCAGUGCAGUGCUCCAUACAACACGGCUGGCAGAUCGUGAUGCGCAGUGGAGGGCACAGCUAUGAGGGUCUUUCCUCCACUUCUCAGGCUCCCAAUUUCGUCAUCAUCGAUGUCAUGAAAUUGGAAAGAGUUGAGGUGGAUAUGAAAUCCAAGACUGCUUGGGUGGAAUCCGGUGUAACUUUCGGCCAACUCUACUCCGCCAUUGCAAACAAGACUUCGCUCUACGGUUUCCCUGCGGGAGUCUGCCCGACAGUAGGCGUGGGCGGGUCUUUGAGUGGAGGUGGGCUUGGGUUGCUCGCAAGGAAAUAUGGCGUCUCUGCAGACCACGUUACAAAUGCUCUCCUUGUGGACGCCAAUGGCAAAUUGGUAGACAGAAAGGGGAUGGGAGAAGACGUUUUCUGGGCUAUCCGAGGAGGAGGUGGAGGGAGCUGGGGCGUGGUUGUGGCGUGGCAGAUAAGGCUUGUCAAAGUGCCUCCCAAAAUCACUGUGUUCAACUUCAACAGAACGGGAAGCGAUAACGUGACAGAGCUUGUACAACGAUGGCAAACUGUUGCACCGUUUGCUCCGGAGAAUCUGUUUAUCCGUGUCUUCGUCUUCGGCGGCAGUCCUGUUAACCUUACCUUUAAUGGGAUGUAUUUGGGUCCUCAACAUCAAUUUCUCAAACUUGUGAAUGAGAUCUUUCCUGAGAUGGGUCUUGUCGCAGCCGAUUGUAACGAAACAGACUGGAUCGGCUCUGUAAUCUACACCGCCGUGGCCAACGGAUAUUCUGCCGAUCUCCGCAACAGAUAUUUUGCCACCAAAAGGUACUUCAAGAAUAAGUCCGAUUAUGUAACAAACCCUAUCUCCGCAUCAGGUCUUCAAGGAGCAUGGAAGAUCAUGGAACAGAAGCCCGACAGCAGUAUCAUAUUGUCUCCCUUCGGAGGCAUAAUGAAUAGGAUACCCUCCACUCGGCUUCCCUUCGCCCAUCGAUCAGGGUAUUUAUAUGAAAUUCAGUAUAUACUCAACUGGGAGGAAGGUAAAGAAGAUGCAGAAUCUCUGGCUUGGAUGCGAAUGUUUUACGAAUACAUGACUCCUUACGUAUCCAAAUCUCCUAGAGCUGCUUACGUCAACUACUUAGACCUUGACUUGGGUCAUGCAUCUGCUAAUGGAACCUCCACCGUAGAACAGGCAAAGUCGUGGGGGGAAAAGUAUUUUGGUGAGAAUUUCGUCAGGCUGGUGCAUGUGAAGACUAAAUUCGAUCCCAACAAUAUUUACAGGAAUGCUCAGAGCAUUCCCCCACUCAGUCACAGCUGAUUCUAUCUACUUAGUUUUCCUUAUUCAUUUCCGUGGAAGCUAGAAACUCUACUGCUUAAGAAUAAAAUUCAUUAACAAACCGACAAUUCUCUAUUCUAGUAGGAAUAGUGAAAGUGCUCUACGAUCAUCAUAUAAUGUAAUAUUUGACCGG